AUGGACAUCGAAGCUCUAAAGGAGCAAUGGUCGGAGGUUGAGGACCGAGACGGAUUGCGCUUGAGCUGGAAUGUCUUCCCAAGUUCUCGUAUGGAAGCAUCACGUCUUGUUGUGCCAAUUGGAGCAAUUUAUACCCCCCUCAAAGAAAAGCCUGAUACUCCUCUCCUUCAUUUUGAGCCAGUUAUAUGCAAACAGCCAUGUCGAUCUGUUCUAAAUCCCUUCUGCCAAGUCGAUGUUCGUGCACGUCUUUGGAUUUGUCCUUUUUGCCUGUCUCGAAAUCCUCUACCACCGCAUUACAAAGACAUCACUGCCAAUGCCAUUCCUCGCGAGCUUCACCCAUCGAAUACAACUAUAGAGUAUAAGCUCUCGAGGCCAGCUCCAAGCCCGCCUAUUUUCCUUUAUGUGGUGGAUACUUGCCAAGAAGAAGACAGUUUGAGGGCCCUUAAAGAAUCAUUGAUCAUGAGUCUAAGUCUUCUACCUGAAAGCGCGCUCGUGGGACUCGUGACAUUUGGCACCAUGGUCCAGGUUCACGAAAUAGGAUACACUGAAUGCCCAAAGUCAUACGUCUUUCGUGGGUGCAAGGAUUAUUCUGCGAAACUAGUACAGGAAAUGCUUGGACUCAGCUCAGGAAUUCGACCCAAUGUUCAACAGCAGCCUGGGCGUCCAAAUGUUUCUCCCGGUGGCCCCGCAUCGCGCUUUCUCCUCCCUGUACAACAGUGCGAGUUCCAGCUCACUAAAGCGCUUGAGCAGCUACAAAAAGAUCCAUGGCCAGUAGCGAGCGACAGGAGAAAUCUCAGAUGCACUGGAGUAGCGCUAAGUGUUGCAGUUGGCCUCCUAGAAUCAUCAUUUCAAAACUCUGGUGGUCGUAUUAUGCUUUUCGCCGGGGGACCGGCAACUGAGGGUCCUGGGCUGGUUGUUGGGCCAGAACUAAGAGAACCCAUCCGUUCUCACCACGACAUAGAUCGAGAUAAUAUCAAGUAUUAUAAAAAGGCUCUCAAGUUUUAUGAUAAUCUCGCGAAGCGAACCGCCCAAAAUGGGCAUAUAAUCGACAUAUUCGCAGGGUGUUUGGAUCAGGUUGGCCUACUAGAAAUGAAAAGUCUAUCUAAUUCAACUGGUGGUCACAUGGUUCUCACUGAUAGCUUCACGGCAUCUAUGUUUAAGCAAUCAUUCAUUAGAAUUUUCGAAAAAGAUGGUGAUGAUAAUUUGCUGAUGGGAUUCAAUGCUUCAUUGGAAGUAUUAACAACAAAGGAACUAAAAGUUACAGGAUUAAUUGGUCAUACGGUGUCAAUGAAUAAAAAGUCGACGUCUGUGGGUGAGACUGAGUGUGGAAUAGGCAAUACUUGCUCAUGGAAGAUGUGUGGGAUUGAUCCUAGCUCUAGCUACGGUAUUUAUUUUGAAAUUGCAAGUCAGGGCGGCACAGUACAACAUCAACAAGCACCUCAGAAAGGUAUGAUACAAUUUUUAACCUAUUAUCAGCAUUCAUCUGGCCAGUUUCACCUUCGCGUCACUACAGUAGCGCGAAAUCUAAGCGGACCAACCGGUGAUCCUACAAUUGCACAAUCAUUUGACCAAGAAGCCGCUGCUGUUUUGAUGUCAAGGAUCGCUGUUUUCAAAGCUGAAAUUGACGACGGCCCGGAUGUCCUACGCUGGGUGGACAGAAUGCUUAUUCGCUUGUGUUCUCGGUUUGCUGAUUACCGAAAAGAUGAUCCAACAUCUUUCCGAUUGGAAAAGAAUUUUACUUUGUAUCCUCAAUUUAUGUUUCAUUUAAGACGAAGCCAAUUCCUGCAAGUCUUUAAUAAUUCCCCAGACGAAACCGCUUUCUAUCGACAUGUCCUUAAUCGUGAAGAUGUCAGCAAUUCCCUUAUUAUGAUUCAACCUACUCUAGACUCUUACACGUUUGAUCAAGAAGGUAGCCAGCCUGUACUUUUGGACUCUACCUCAAUUCAACAGACUCACAUAUUACUACUCGACACUUUCUUUCAUAUACUCAUAUUUCAUGGUGAAACGAUUGCUGAGUGGCGCAAGGCUGGAUAUCAAGAUCAAGAAGGUUAUGAAAACUUUGCAUAUCUACUUGAACAACCAAAAGAAGAUGCUAGGGACCUUAUCACGGACCGCUUUCCCUUACCCCGGUUUAUUGUUUGUGAUGCUGGCGGCUCACAGGCACGCUUUCUCCUAUCAAAGCUCAAUCCAUCGACAACUCACACAACUGGGGCAUAUGGUGGUGUUGGUGCGCAAACAGCGCAAACAAUAUUUACUGACGAUGUUUCAUUACAAACGUUCAUGGAUCAUUUAAUGAAACUUGCAGUCAGUGGCACCAACUAA